CUUGGAAUAGUUUGUUUGUUUGAUUUAACAUGCCUUGAAAUUGAAGAAUUAUUCAGCGCCAUUUCUUAUAUAGCCGCCAAGCUUGGUGAUACAACUCUGCGGAAUCGGAUGUUUCAGUGUAUUAUUAUCAUGAAUUAUUUUAUUGUCUUGAUCAGUGCGCACAUGUUAAUACUUCCAAUUUCAUCAGAGAGUCAAUCCACCACAGAACCAAAACCAAUAAGUGACAUAAAAGAUUUUCAAAAACAAGAGCCCCUGUCCUCUCAAAUGAACCAUCCAAAAGCAAAAUACGACACAUUCAGUCCUGAUUUGAAUUCGUCAUCGUGGAAAUACAAAUUGGAAAGUCAUGAAAGACUGAGGCGUACAAAUUCAGACCUACCUAUUCCAUUGACUAAAUUAACGAAGACUUUUUCAUCAAGUUCCCAUCCAUAUUUCGACAAGAGCUUCUUUGAACCUUUUGAAAAAAGAAAAAAAACAGUUACUCUUUUGGCUUUUCGAAAAAACAGUAUCUCACCAGCAGUAAAAAUAAGGGAACCAAAACCAAAUGGCAAAUCGAUGGACGUGGCAGAACUACAAUCACCUUUUAAUGAUAUCAGCAGUUUUUGGAUGGAUGAACCAUGAAGUACUAAGGUACCAAAAUUAAAGUAGCCGUUUUUGA